GAACCCGGAGCUAUUCUUUCAAACUCUUUACACGGAAGAGCAUCGAAGGCACACGAUCCGCUGCAGCAAAGCACUUGCACAAGUUCCGCAUCUAACCAAACCUGACUGGUCUCUCGCGGGGGGUGAAAGCUGGCGGAAGCAGUGUUCCUGACAGGUUGCAACUCGAAAUAAGCAACGCCUUGCGACACACAGGAGGCGGCCUUUAGCGUUUUGCAACUGCCCUGUAGCCUGCCGAGAAGCCGUCCUUUAACCCCAGCUAUUGUGGGUGCCCGGAUGCUGCGAGGGCAUGUUAUUUUGACAGCAGAGGAAAAGAAGCGUCAACAAGAAUCCCGGCAGGAAACCAAGCGGAAAAGAGGGGUGCUGGAGGGAGGGGGGGAGGACCAUUCCAGGUUUUUUCUGGAAGAUGGUCACUCGAAAGACGCACUCUCUCCCUUUAUCCUCCUCCAGAUGAGCGAGCAGCGAAGGGCGCUUGUGUAGCCAGACGCUCUUUAAUUUUCAGACAGGAAGUUUGGAGAAGACGUCACUGAGGAGUAAUGCCUGUUGAAAGUGGAAGCAGUGCAGCUGCUCGUCAGGCCAAGCAGAAGCGCAAGUCCCACAGCCUUUCCAUUCGAAGAACCAACAGCACAGAACAGGAUCGGGCAGGAAUGCAGAGGGAAAUGUUAGAAGGACAAGAUUCUAAACUCCCUGCAUCUCUGAGAAACAAUCUUCUUGACCUGUUUGGACAGAUUGAGCGAGAGUUUGAAAAUCUCUAUAUUGAAAAUGUGGAGCUGCGCAGAGAGAUCGAUACUCUUAAUGAGAGACUGGCAGCCGAAGGACAAACCAUCGAUGGAGGGGAUCUGAGUAAGGGCCCACUGAAGGCAAAAGCCAGCCAUAGUACGAGUCAGCUUUCUCAGAAACUGAAGACCACUUAUAAAGCCUCUACAAGCAAGCGCUCACAUUCUUUCCAAGGCAAAGUAGGUGGACCCCGCAACUUCAAUAUGGGAAACUGGGAGUUAUGGGGUGGAGACUCAUGGAUUGUCUCAAGUUUUAAGACCACAACAUCACGAGCCGUAUGCCAGCUGGUGAAGGAGUAUGUUGGGCACAGGGACGGCAUUUGGGAUGUGUGCCUCACCCGGACACAGCCAGUUGUCUUGGGCACUGCGUCAGCUGAUCACAGUGCUAUGCUGUGGAGCAUUGAGACUGGGAAGUGCCUUCUUAAGUAUAUUGGUCAUGCUGGAUCAGUUAACUCUAUCAAGUUUCAUCCUACGGAACAGAUUGCUCUUACAGCAUCUGGAGACCAGACGGCUCACAUCUGGAGGUUUAUGGUGCAACUGCCCACCCCACAGCCAGCAGCAGACACAGGCCAGGCCCCUUGUGAAGACGAUGUGGACUUCUCCGACAAAGACGAGGCAGAGGCAGAUGGUGACGUCUCCAGCGAGUGCCCGACAAUCAGAAUCCCCUCCACCACGCUGAAGAGCCACCAGGGGGUGGUGAUAGCCGCCGACUGGCUAGUAGGGGGAAAGCAGGUGGUCACGGCCUCCUGGGACCGAGCUGCUAACCUCUACGAUGUGGAAACGUCAGAACUCGUUCACUCCCUCACAGGUCACGAUCAGGAGCUGACCCACUGCUGCACUCAUCCCACACAGCGUCUGGUAGUGACAUCCUCCCGCGACACCACCUUCCGUCUCUGGGACUUCAGAGACCCUUCAAUACACUCUGUGAAUGUCUUUCAGGGCCACACCGAUACUGUCACAUCUGCAGUGUUCACAGUAGGGGACAAUGUCGUAUCUGGAAGUGAUGAUCGAACUGUAAAGGUCUGGGACUUGAAGAACAUGAGAUCUCCAAUAGCUACUAUCAGAACUGACUCAGCAGUUAACAGGAUUAGUGUGUCCGUAAACCAAAGAAUCAUUGCUCUUCCACAUGAUAAUCGGCAAGUCCGCUUGUUCGACAUUGCAGGAGUUCGGUUAGCACGCCUCCCACGCAGUAACAGACAGGGGCAUCGACGCAUGGUGUGCUGCACAGCCUGGAGUGAGGACAAUCCAACAUGCAAUCUCUUCACCUGUGGGUUUGAUCGCCAGGCAAUUGGAUGGAACAUCAACAUCCCUGCUCUGUUACAGGAAAAAUAAAUCUGAUAGCUGUGCAUUAAGUCACGAACUCCUUCCUACUCAUGAAAAGUCCUCGUCCUGAUCUUGGCAUCAAUGUGAAACUUUCUCCAGGGAGAAAGUCUUGUGUAUAUGUUGUGUUUUCGCUGCAAUGUGCACAGUCUGCAUGGAAUGUAUAUAAACGUGUGUGAUUGUUCGGUUUUAAAUCCCAUAUAUUGUAAUGUAAGAAGUCUCUUAGCCUUUUUUUUAUUAAGAAGACUGUAGCCAGGUAAACCGAGGUCAACUUAAGUUACUGAACAAUAGUUAAAGUAGAAGGGCCUCCUCAUGCUGUGGAUCAAAAUGAAAAUCUUUGCAUUGAAUAUUUCACAUACCCACCUCCUUGUCUGACAUUUUCCUUUCUCAUGCUUUCAACGCACACUCUGGCUGUGUGUAGACUUUGCACAGAAAUCCUGGUCCUAGUGUUUUUAGGCUCUUAAGUCUUCUAAAUGUGGACUUGGCUUGAAUUAGUGUCUGUUAGUGCAGCUGAAGCUAUAUGAAAAACGUCAUCUAGGGUUUUUAGUGUGCAUCUUAAAUAUUACAUAUUUGAGGCUAUUACAUUGAAUAUUUUCCAUUUACUUUCAGCACAGUCAUUGUACAGACUUUUACAUAAUCUUAUAUUGGGUAUUUUGUGGACUUGUGUGUCACUGGUGCUGUACUAUGAAUUUGCAUUGAAUUGAGGGUAAAGCAUUACUUCAUAGCUUCAGGAAAUUUCAGGAGGUAUGUAACUACUGUACUUCAGGCGGAAGGAAAGGAAAAAUAAUGAUUUUGCUGAUACCAAUAGAAAUUUGACUUAUAUACUUGUCUACCCCGGUUUGUGUUUAAAGACCAUACCUGAAUGAAUCCCAGAUGUCAGUGUUAAGUUCUCGGUGCCCUGUUCUGUAUUUUGGCCCAAUAUAUCUGUAGUCUCCUUUCUUCAGUUUUUAAAAUAGUACAUAAAUACUGCAGCAUUAUAAAUAAUGUGUGGAUUGUCGGUAUAUUUAGUGGUCACGGUGCACAGAUGUUUAAAGACCUGUGACAUUUCUUGUACAUUAAGGGUGGUUAAUGGAUUUGAUGGGUCAAGUGUUUUUGCUUUUCAAGACAUUCUACAUAAAAUUAUUUAGAAUGUAAUUAUUCAGUAUAAUACAUGGAGAUAAAAUUCUUUGAUGGUUCUUGUAUGCUUAAAGCAAACAACGCAACACAAUUCAUUAUUAUGCUGUAGCAUUGACAGAUACAUCUUAUGAGGUUUUUGCUUUGCACUGGCGCAAAAGCUCUUUUGUUCCUUUGUCUUUACAUACAUGCAAAGAGUGCCAGCAAACACCAGCAUAACCCUGUGGCUUCAGAUAAUUUGAUUUUAAAUGCAGUCAUAAUAUUAUGUCUGUAAAUGACUACUGUGGACAGUACCUGGCCACUUAGAUUUCCAAUGUGUCGGAUGAAUUAGGAGAGUCUGUUUUUCUUUAGGUAUGUUAGCAAAGUAGGGAUGGAAGAUUAUGGCAUAGGAGUAACUGUCAAAAACAAUUAAGAACAGAAUGACAACAUCUUUUCUGCAAAUCCAAAUAUUCUGUCCUUGAUCUGAGGUCAUUGCAGAUUUAAUUCCAGGAUUUUUUUCAAAACGAUUUUUUUCCAGUUUGAGAAACUCAGAGCAGUUGUACCCCUGAUGUAUAUACAGUAUUGUGCAGACAUUGUAGUUAUCAAGUAAUGGAAUGCUUUUUUUUAUCAGGUUUUUAUUUUCAAGAUGCUGGUGUAAUAUUUUUAUGAAGUUUUGUUUGAAAGGUACCUAUAUACAGUAUCUAUAUUUGCUGUGCAUGUGGGGUCCUUUUCAUAUUGAAAAAUUAAUCACUUUCCCAUUGGAAGAUUUCUUGAUGGGGUUAUAUUAUCUGCUUGUGCUUUUUUGGUUAGCAUGGCCUCUAUUGUGAAAUGUUUUCUUACCCCAAGAAGAGAGAGAUCCUCAAUUUCACAACCAUCUUCCCAUUUGGCUACAGGCAUUAUGCAAUAUUCUUAUGAGUGAACUACUGCCAUUAAGAUCUAAAAUGGACUCAUAUGGCAAUAAUAUGUAAUUCCACUGUACCAAUGUCCAGUUUUUGUAACAUUUUGUAAUUAAGACCUUUGCUUCCCAGUAAUAACGAUAGCGGGCAUGCUAAUGUUUUAUAUUGUUUGCCAUCUGAGCUGACCACUUUCUUUUGCCCUGAAAACUCAGGUUGAAAAAAUGUGUUGGUCUUGCUUUAGACUUGUAUUGAUUGAUCUCCUUUGCCUUUUUUUGUCUAAGAAUGAUUCCUGGUUUCUUUGAUGCAUUAUAUAUUGUAAAUUUUACUUUGUUGUGAAGCUUUAUUGUCUGUGUAGCUACCUUCACCAAACUGUUACCUGGCAGUCAAAUGACAUUUACUUUCUUUGGUGCUAAUAGAAAUCGGUUUGGCAUUUUCAUAGCGAUUAGCUUCAGGCAUUUUUAGCAGCUUAUGAUUUUGUAUUUUAUGAAUAAAGAAUUGGAUAUGUAUUGAAAGGAACUAAAUAAAUGUUUCUUUUUAAAAAUAGUUUUACUUGUUAUUUUAAAAUUAAGCAGAAAGGGCAAACCAAUUUUCCUUUGAAAUGUUUUAACUAUUGCAAUGGCAAAGGGGUAGGAUUCUUUACUUCAGGUGUUGUUAAUAUGAAUUUAUUCUGAGAGACAUUAAAACACCUUUUCUUAAAGAUACAGAGUUUCCAACAAGAGCAAUUGCCCCCAGUAUCUGAAGCAGGGACUUUCACUAGUUUUUGACAUGACUUAGGUCUUGAAAUAUAUAUAUACAGUACAUUUUUAGCAAUGUGUUUACCUUUCUCAAAAAGCUGUCAGAUAUGGAGGUUCACACUGUAAAAUGAUAGUUUACUCAAAUUGCAGAUACACAAUGCAGAUCCUGUGUCACUUCAUUGCUGUAGUGUGUCCCACUAAAUGUAGCAUAUUAAUCUCCAUUAUAGUCUAUAUGGACCAGUGAACCUAAAAGUAAAAGUAAUUCCCUAACAGCCAAUCAUAGACUAUACUUUAUUAUAAUCACUCUUAUGGAAACCUUUUGUUUAUAAUUGAAACUGUUAUGGAAUUCCUGGUUUAGAAACUAAAAUGCUGCAUUGUCUUUAAAAGAUGGAGGUUUGUCAAUGCAAAGUUAUUCACUUGGUUAAUAAAACUUGAUUUAUCAUAUUUGUAAUUUAUGAUGAAGUAAAUGGUAGACAUCAUUUGAAAAAUGACCUUACAUUAUCCACCACUGUAAAGCUCUUCAUCUGGUUAUGCAUAUGUAGAAAUGCAAAAUUGAUAGCUGAAUUAAUUAUUGUGUAGUAGGUGAAGCACCACCACAUACAGUAUUUGUUGCAUGCCUUCUCAAGUUCAGAACCAACAGCACCCGAUUGAUUUUUAUUUGUGAUCCGCAGUAUUUGCAAAAUAGUUAAAUUGUUUCAUUAUCAAGGACCGAGCAUUUUUUACAAUUGUUUAUUUUGCUCAGUUCAAGCAUUCAUCUCUGCUGUUUGACAGUAUUUUACCAAAUGUUUAAAUGCUUUUUUAUAACAUAUAAUUUCUUUGGAACUUCUCUUGGAAAAUUGAAUUUAUAGAUAUAGGUUGUUGUUUUUUUCACUGCUUUUGUAUAAUAGUGUUUUAAAAAAAUCACAUGCCUUCAUAUAAUUGUAAAAAAAACACUGUAGUAGUGGAAGACACAUUAAAGUAUACUGCAUAAAUAUGGUGUACAGAAAGUCAUUUUUGCCAAUAACAAUAUUAGCGUACCUACUGCCACACAUGCUUGUCUUCUAUCUUUUACUUCACACAGUUUCCUGAAACACCUGUUCUUUAUUUUUAGCACAUUUUGAUUUAUUUUAUGCAAAUGUAUUACAACUUGGUUAUGCUUUUAUGGAUCCUGUAUUAGAUAAAAUAAAAGUUUGCUGCCUAAA